AUGGCAAAAAUUAUUUCACUUUGCUUGGAGUUCUUGAAUUAUACCGCUAUUUUGGUCGGAUUCACCAGACUACGCAUUGAUUAUAACAACCAGAGGAUAUGCGAAUCGUGGAUCAUUAGUUUCUAUGUUGUUGUUGCCAAUAUUAUCACAGUGGUUCUGCUGCCAUGUGCUCAUGCACUAUCCAUCAAAUAUAUAUCAGUGAAUUUCAAAAAUAAUUUACUCGCCUUCACCGUUUUGCUCAAUCUGCUGAUUGUUUACACAGGUGUUGUGUUUUCGGUAGUGAGUCGUUACCGCCGUGAGCGCAUAUAUAAGGAGAUAUCGCAAGAUAUUUUCAAACUGGACAAAACUUACUUUAAUAAACUGACUACGAAUGCACGCAUCGAAAAACAGGCCGACAUGGUAAUAUUAUUCAAAAUGGCCACUAUGAGCCUUAAUCUAUUCGUUCCCAUUUUUGGUACAUUAAAUCAAGCGGUACGCGUGGACGUUUAUGUAUGGAUGCUGGCGUUGUACUCAAGUCUCAUAGGGACCAUUUUGAAUGCAGUGUUGUUCUUGUUUUUCUACAUGCUCUGGCAGGUGCGAAAGCGCGUGUGGCGCCUGAACUCCCGUUUGAAAGAAUUGCUGCACAGUCUGCAAAAGUUGCAUAAGAGCGCCGCUGGCCUAUUGCCGCCAAACAGUUGCACUCUACAGCAGUUUAGCGCAUUGGCAGCGGAGGAGCUGUGCGAAAUAACCGGGGUGCAUGCGCGACUCACCACGAUAUUGUUGCGUUUGAACUCGGUAUACCGAUGGCAAGUCAUUGUGGUGUUACUAACAUAUUUGAUAAGUAACAUAUCGUACGGUUACUAUUGGGUGGUCUCGCUAAGUGACCCCAUGAACAGGUCGCAGAGUGUUCCGUCCAUCAUUGGGUCGUUGGUGGCAAGUAUGAUUGUCUUUAUUGACAUCAAUUUGCUGUACUGGGGCGCGGACGCUACAACGUUCGCCUGCCAAUCGACCCGGCAAAUACUCCGACGCUUCCAAGUGCUAUCAUUGAUGAGUUCCGCUUUUGAGCGACAGUGCGAAAGUUUGGCCCUACAACUAAAACAGCAAAAAAUGAAUAUCAACAUCGCUGGCAUGUUUUCACUGAAUCGACAGACUUCACUGGCUCUGUGGGCCUUCAGCGCGCGCCACGUAGUCAUAUUGGUACAAUUCGAUUAUGAAGCGCAAAAGCAGUCCAAUGGCUCAAGCGGCGUACUGGAGCAUAUUAACCAUAUGCUACGGCUUGGUGAUGACUAUAUGGAUGUCUGA